GAUUCCGUUUGCCUACACCACCAACGAAGACACGAACUUCCAAGUCGUUGUGAGUGGAGUGAUGAUGAGAGCACCGGCAUUUUGACGAGAAAAAAGACGUCUGGCACGACCUUCCAGUUGUUUAUCCGUUUUGAGACCAGCAUCUGCAACCGCUUGUUUUGCGUGUGCUUCGAUGGCGCGUAGUCGAGAUUCGAUAGCCGGGACGAGGAAAGCCAAAGUUUUACCAGUACCAGUCCUUGCCUUGACAAGUAAAUCACGAGGACCUUUCUUGGUGUCUUCUUCGGCAGAUUCGGAUUCGGUUGUAGGCGGUCUGACGAGGUCGGGAAGCAUGGGGAGGACAGCUGCUUGCACAGGACUCAUGUGUGUGAGCUUCAUGGGAGUGGUGGUAAUGGCCUUGAGGACGUCGUAAGAAAUUUUGCCCUUGAGCGAAGAGAACUCAGGACGGCGAAGGCGAAGGCACAUCUUCCACUUCCACGGGAGCAUCGAACUCCGAUGCACCCUC